GUUGUCUGCUCAGAACAAUGACAAGCUUGUCUUGUUCUGAGGUUGUCUGUCCUGAACCCUCUACCAAAGAGAAUUAUAAUAUAUAUGGAAACUCUACCCUUUAAAAAAGCUCCAGGUGUUAAGAAAAAUAAGUUAUAGCCUAAAUUUUGUAUUUACUCCAAAGAGAUUUACUCCAUAUUAAAAUGCCCGAAGAUAGAAAUCUAGUUUUGUGUUACAAUCGUGGAUGUGGACAAAUGUUUGAUCCUGCCAAGAACGACAAAGAUGAAUGUCGCCACCAUCCCGGCUCUCCCGUAUUCCAUGACGCCUACAAGGGAUGGUCGUGUUGUAAUAAGAAGAGUGUGGACUUCACAGAAUUUUUAAACAUCAAAGGCUGCACAGUAGCCAAACAUUCUAACGUGAAACCUCCAGAACCUGAAAAGAAAUCUUUAGACAAAGAGUUGGACAAGAAGGAAGUGAUUGAAGUGAGAGCUCCAUUGGUAGGCCCACAGCUAGCGAGACCACCAUUUGAUUCACCCCUAGUGCAAUUGGAAUGCCGGAUAGCUGACUCGUUGAAGGAAGCUGUACAAAAAUCUGUACAAAAAGUCACUACUGCUGAUGAUGGCAAUAUAGCUAUUGGCACAACAUGCAAGAAUGGAGGUUGCAGUACGGCAUAUGAGGGUCCACAGACAAAUGAAACAAUGUGUGUGUAUCAUCCGGGCUGUCCAGUCUUCCAUGAAGGUCUCAAAUUCUGGUCAUGUUGUCAGAAACGAACAACUGACUUCAACACUUUCCUCAGUCAACCUGGUUGCACUACGGGUGCACAUAAGUGGACUAAAGAGGGUACACCUGCUGGCACUGUGAAAUGUCGUUGGGACUGGCAUCAAACACCAGAGCAUGUUAUUGUCAGUGUCUAUACCAAGAAAUAUGACCCAACACAAAGUUUUGUCAAAUUGAAUCCUAUUCGCCUUUACACAAAGUUGGUUUUCCAUGAAGAAGGGGAUGCUGUGUUUGAACUGGACCUUGAAUUAAGAGGAGUAGUCAAUGUACAAAGCAGCAGUGCUUCAAUGUUAGCAACAAAGGUAGAAAUAAAACUAAAGAAAGCAGAACCAGGUGCUUGGAGCAAAUUAGAUUUCCCGAGGACAGAGCCCAAAAAAGAAGUAUCGCCGGCACAGCCAGUCCAGGAAGUAGAAGAUGACUCUGUGGACUUAUCAUCAGUAGAAACCGUACAAAUAAAUAAAGUGAACAUUUCUGCCGAAUGAUGAAUAAUUAGUAAUAUAUUAGUUAUUUUCGUUAUUCAAUCUCAGUGUAAGAUAAACUUGUUUUGAUUUUUAUAAAAAGAUGAGACUCUGCAUUAAUAAAUGUAUUGUAAUGCAA